AAAUCUUGAUCUUUCAGCAUAGCACAAUUUUAGGCACCGAUCUAUUCUCUCUCUCUCUAAUAAGAGAUAUGGAAAACUAUCAACCGUUUUUUCCUUUUCAAUCUUCUUCAUCACCAUCUUCUUCCUUGUCACUUAACAUGGUGAACAUUAAUCCUCAUGCUGAUAAUACUCAUGAACAUCAAUACCAUCAAGUUUCUGGUAAUAACAAGUCAAAUGGGUUUUUGGGUUUGAUGUCGGAGAUGGAAGUUUCGGGUACUACUACUACUACUACCACCACCGCAAAUACCAAGACUGUUUCUCACAGCUCGGAAAAUGAUUUGAAAUUAGCGGGAGGGAAGAAAAAGGGAGAGAAGAAGGUAAGAAAACCGAGAUAUGCUUUUCAAACAAGAAGUCAAGUUGACAUACUCGAUGAUGGUUAUAGAUGGAGGAAAUAUGGGCAAAAAGCAGUGAAGAACAACAAAUUUCCCAGAAGUUACUAUAGGUGCACGCAUCAAGGUUGCAACGUGAAAAAGCAAGUACAGAGGUUGACUAAAGACGAAGGAGUUGUAGUGACUACUUAUGAAGGAAUGCAUUCUCAUCCAAUUGAGAAGUCCACUGAUAACUUUGAGCAUAUCUUGAGCCAGAUGCAAAUUUACACUACCUUUUAACUCCUUCCCGGAUAUCCUUUUCAAAAACCAUCUAUCACUCUGUCCCAUGCAUGCAAAAUCGGCCUUGCAGAUUAUAAAAGUACCCACAGAAUCAAUCGGACCUUGUAAAUUAUGUAGUUUUUUUUCUUCUUUUUUUUUAAUAAAAUCCCAUCCAAUUAAAUAAUAAUUUGAUGAAGUCGGUCUAUGACAAUACACAAGUCCACUUGAUCGGUAUUACAUAUACAAAGUUAAUUUAUAUGUAUGAUUCUUUAAUUUGGUAUAGGGUGUGUAGAAAUUUUAUUUGUUUUAUAUAUGUGAUGUAGAAAGAGAAAGCUAAAACAAAAUCUCGGUGGGUUUUUGCUUUAACUUAUUUGUGAUGGCAGUGUAAUUUUUAUUUUUAUUUUUAUAUGCUUGUAGUUUCAAAGACGGAGAUCUAGACUUUUAUUUAUGCAAUAUUAAAUGUACUUAGUUAAAAUAUAAAUUUCCUUUCUUCA